UAGGUUCUUACCUAUUUUGAUUACGAUUUGUGGGGUUUUCUUUUUUAACAUUCUUUCUUGUUUUUUCACAUGAGAAUACCCCAUUACUUUUUUUGAUUGAUUCUUUCUUCACUGAACUCAAAGAUGCUUUCUUUUUUGCUAUGACUAUAAGAUCUCAUUUGGGGUUCUGCUUUUCUUAUCAAAAUCUUAAAACAGUUUGAAAAAAACGAUAGUCUUGAUUUUGGAUCCAUGGUUUUUGGAGCUCUGCUGACUUGAUUAAUGAGGAUACUAAGAUGACAUCAGAAAGGUUAACAGGAGAAGAAUCUAUUCAACAGGAUUUGGAGUCUUUAAGCGUGUCGAAAAAGCUAGUCAGAAGUGUGAGCCAAAAAUUGAAAAAGAAGAACCAUAGAAGCGGAGGGGGAGAAGAGGAUGACGACAAGGGCGUCUCCUUGAGAUGUCUAACGCUAUACAGCAGAGGGGGUGGUUGCAAAGUAGCUGCUGACACUGGUGAUGAGUUAUGGGAUUCAUGCGGUAGAAGAAGGUCAAAUGCAAGUGAGGAAGGCAAAGGCUACGCCCCAAUAUGUGGAAAUGAAGAAACCACAGUAGAUUGCUUCGCUUAUGGCAUGAGGGAAAAAUUCUGGAGGAGGACUAAUAGGAAAUCUCUAGAACUUGAAGCAGCACUACAGAACAAAAGCAUGAAUGUGUUUUUACCGGAUGACAUCCUUGAAAUGUGCUUAUUAAGGCUUCCUUUUAUGAGUGUCAUGAAUGCUAGGCUGGUGUGCAAGAAAUGGAGAAACUUGACAAUGACUCCUCGUUUCUGGCGAAUGAGGCAAGAAGGUUCGGUUAAGAAUCCAUGGGUUUUUCUCUUUGGGGUUGUAAAAGACGGUUGUUGUUCUGCAGAAAUACAUGCAUUGGAUGUUUCCUUCAACCAAUGGCACAAAAUUAACUCUGAAAUUCUGAAAGGAAGAUUUUUAUUUUCUGUUGCCGGUAUCCAUGAUGAUGUUUAUGUUGUUGGAGGCUGUUCUAGCCUUACUAACUUUGGGAAAUUUGAUAAGAGUUCAUUCAAGACACAUAAAAGCGUGCUCGUUUUUAGUCCCUUGAUGAGAACGUGGCAUAAAGCUGCACCAAUGAAGCAUGCAAGAUCAUCCCUUAUUUUAGGAGCUUAUGAGAUCAGUUCAGAUUGUUUAUUUAUUAGGAAUCAACAAACUCGAGGAGACAGAAGAUUUUACCGUCCAAGAGUUGGUGGGGUAUCUGAUGUUUAUGAGGAUCCUCAUAGACUUUCAGUUGGACGCCAAUUUCGAUAUUCUCUGAAUGAGAACGAGCUUACGUCCUUGCCAAGUGUGAAACGGUACAAGUUUGUCAAACAAAAAGGCGAACAUUCAAAUAAAGAUCAAAGACGCUUUCUCUUGAUUGCUGUAGGGGGUCUUGGAUGCUGGGAUGAGCCUCUGGAUUCUGGGGAAAUUUAUGAUUCCAUGUCAAAUAAAUGGACAGAGAUCCAG